UUCAAGAGUUAAUGUCCACCUGCUUGCUUAGUCUGACCUGGAGUCAAACAUGAUGAUGCUGCAGUUACGUCCUGCUCAGCUCAAAGCGUGUGCUUCCAGCUCUUUGUUUGGAAACCAGUGUAAGUGUUGUUCAUAAUAGGAUUCUGGACAGAGUCACAGCUAAAUAUGGUUCUGUCGUCUGCUCUUUGCCUAAACGGGUCACGCCGUGUUUUACAUACCGGUGCUGAACACCUUAUCUCAUGUGAGGAUAUAAAACCAGGCCUGGACGCUGGAGGCUGCUCCAUCUUCACUGCUUCACACCGGGUCACGUUCAGUUUAUUGCUCCGGUACGAGCUGAUAGCACCAUGAGCAACCUGCUGGAGCUGAUGGCUGGGCUCAUCCAGGUGUUCCACAGUUACUCUGAGAAAGAAGGCAACAAGUACACGCUGACCAAAGGAGAGCUGAAGACCAUGAUGCAGGAGCAACUGGGCGACGAACUGUCACAAUGCAACGACCCUGCGGAGGUGGACAAGGUCAUGAAAAGCCUGGAUUUGAAUGAAGACGGUGAAGUGGACUUCCAGGAGUUCAUGCUUGUGUUUGCCCUCCUGACCAUGGCCUGCCACGAGUUCUUCAGAGACCACAAGGAAGGUGGCAAGGAAGGUUGCAAGGAAGGCCGCAAGGAAGGUUGCAAGGAGCAGAAGUGAGAUCAGAACACAGCAGCUCCUCUGAUGUCACCUGUUGCAUCGCUGCUCCUCAAUGUCCAAUGUCUCUGAAUAAAGUUUGAUGAGACUGAGGCUUUGCAAAAGUUGACAUGCCUGUUUUAUGUUUAUACUGGGACACAGUGGGCCGUUACCAGUGUUACCAGCCCAGAAGUGUGUGUUGUGUAAUAUUCCGUCAUUAAUCCCUCGUCGUUGUUUUCAUACAUGUGCAUUCACGCACAACAACUGCAAGAAACGACAGCAGCUCCGUUUCCUGGACGUGUGGUUCAGGCUCACAUCCACCGUCAUUCGCUGCAAAAUGCUCUCGUGUCUUCAGUUUAAAAUCCAGGAAAUGCUUUUCAGCGCCGCACUGCGUGAUCUAGCAAGUAGCUGCAAAUCAGCCCUAGUCGUCCUGCAAGCACCAAACCGCACUCUGCUCCGCGUCUCCACGGCUGCCAGCUGUUUGCAGACGUGAGGCAGCAGGUAAACCUGUCUCCUGUCUAGUGGAGCGUGUGGCUGGUGUCCUGAUGAACAGCUUUGUGAUUUCCAGUUUAACCCAGGUUUAAGUGACAUUUUAUGCAGGUCAGUGUUAGAAAACACUGCUUCCUUUCUAGUGAUCAGCGUUCAGAAAGGAUGUUUUCAUGCAGCGAUUGGAGGCCUCCAGCUGCACCCUGACCUGUGCCUGUACUACACAGUUGGGACUGCGGAUGUGGGCACUGGGUGUGUCUCCACUCGCAGCCCUGCUCUGCUAGCCAUGUCUUGAGCAGAGCAGGUUUGUCAGCUCCACAACAAAGACAGGGACUAUUAUGAGCAAACAAGCACCAGGCGCAGUCUUUGCUGUGGUAUUUGCUUUAAGGUGUUGGCUCAAAACUGUUUUUAUUAUACAAUGCAGCCUGCGGAGCACUUUGGGCUGAAACCAUCGCUGCAGAUUCCCAUCUAAUUCACUACUUCAUUAGUCCUGAGCAAAUAUUAAACUUAACUAAUGCUUCAGGUUUGUGAGUCUGACACUGGAUCCAAUGCUGCAGCUUCCUUCUCCUGAAGCUUAAAGACCGAAAUCACCAAAUACAAAAAAAUGAUUCUUAGGUCUAUGGGUUUUUCCACCUUCGACCUUUAAAAGGACUGUUUUCAGUUGAAUCUUAUCAGAUCCUGAAAAAAAACCUGCUUCUUGAUGCUUAAAUUAGGUCUGACUCAUAAAAUCUAAAUAUUUACUCACAUACUGAGGGUGGUAGUAAAAUAUAGAGCAGUGUAAACAGGCGUGGUCGCCCAUCACAACAGCACUUUGCUUUUAUUUCCAAACCACAUAAAGAAGUGAUCUAACAAGUUCUCACACUUGUAGCCCGUAGCCUGAGAUCUGGUUCCAAACAGCCCAAAUUGUUGAACAAAUGCCACUGAAUGAACCAAUGAGCUCCACGGACACGCAGAGACGCCUGUUCUCAGGUGGCAAACAAGCGAAAAGCCCCGACCCGAGGAUCAGCAGUGAUGAAGUCCACAUUAAGGUGGAUCCAGUACAAUGUCACCAAAUAUUAAAGACAUCAGAUGCUGAAGCUGAGUCAAAGCCACUGACACCAAGCGGCCUCAGCGUUGCUGCACGCCUCCAUGUCUGUGGGGUCCAUUCACUGGGAACUGACAGGUCACUGGUUCUGCUGUUUCUGCUCACACACGUGAACCAGCUCAGCUCAACGACCCACUGGGCACUUGCUAACGUAGGAGCAGAGGUGACGUUAUAUGAACCAUCAGGCUGUGGGUCUGGUCCUCGUUGGACACGAGACCGUGUGUUCUUUGAAAAGAGCCCAAACCUGAGGAACGAUGGGAAACCGCCGCCUCCAGGACACGCCUGCAUUCUUUGUGGGCUUUGCUUCGCCUGAACAAGUGUGUUGAGUUUGUGUGGUAGCGGCCAGGUGAGUCACCUGCCUGCGUCUAUAUAACGGAGCAGAUGAGCGCUGAGAUUACUCCUCCUGCAGCAACUGCCAGAGUCACGUUCAGCUGAGAUCAGACUUUAACCACAGGACUGAAGAUGAGCACCGCAUGUGGCAAGGAUGAAAUUCCCGACGGUUUGGUGUGUCUGUGUGGCCUCAUUGGAAUCUUCAAUAAGUACGCUUCCGCAGAUAAAGACACAACCCACCUGAGCAAGAGUGAGCUGAAGUCGCUGCUGGAGACCGAGUUCCCUGUGCUCAUCAAUAAAAGCAGCAAACCUGAAGAAGUGAAAAAAACCCUGGAUGCCCUGGACUUCGACGGGGACGGACAGGUGGACAUCCAUGAGUAUUUUGCUACUCUCUGCUGCCUGGGGACCAUGCUGGCCUCCAUGAACCCCAAGAAAGACUGCUCCAAGAAGUGUUAAUCAGAAUGUAGAUGUAAAGGAUUAACACCAUGUGAUCAAUGGAUCCAAUAAAGACAAGUCCUCACUGAUGUCAAUAAAGAAUCUGUGCUGUU